ACCACGAGCCCGGGGCCCGCCAGGAAGCAGCAACGCUCUUCGCCAGCGGGCGGCAGCCGACUCCGGCACCAGCAGUCCGGCGAGCGCGCCUGGUGGAUGAGCGACGACCCGGAGAGCGUCCCCGAAGGCGUCGAGGUGAUCCCCGUCUCCCCGGUCCCGAGUCCCGCGCGGUCCUUCGCCGGGAGGCCCACGCGCGUCGACUCCGGCGAGAAGCCUUGGUGGCUCGACAGCUCCUCCAACGUCCCCGAAGGCGUGCAAAGGAUACCGACCGACAACAGCAACAGCGACUCCUCCGAGUCCCUCGAGAGAGUCGACAUCGGGAUCGCCCGCGGAGCCAGCCACUGCCUUGCCAAGUUUCCCCUCGACGACGAGCCCCUGGGAGAUCGUGCCAGCCCUGAAGGGAUCGAAAAUCCGCCGGAUCCACCGGAUAGUUAUGGCGGAAGAAGCUCACCCUACGACAAUGUCACGACGACUCGUCAAAAGCCACCGAGGAGAUCGGCGCCACGGAAGAGACCAGCCAACCUUCCGCUCUUUAUAGGCAAUCACACAAACAUCGACGAUCUUCUGGGGGACACGACUGCACCGAGUCACCGCCAUAAAAACAAUCUCCCGAACGACAAAGACACGCUGUCGGACAGUAGCGACGAGGAGUGCGAGGAGAUAGACGCCACGCAGGUGAUCAUUCAUGACAGCACGCCGCAGACGCCGGUGAUCCAGCGAAGACACAGGGACAAUGACAGACCACAACCCGAUGGCUACAUUCCGCUCGACGACACCGCGCUCCAGCUGUAUAAGGACGGCGAUUACGGUGCUUACCUGGACCUCGAGGCAUCCAUCAGCGAGCAGCAAGAGGAAUUCGAGGGCUUCCAAACCAACCGAAAGAACUCCAUCGUUCUCAGGACCCAGCUAUCCGUGCGGGUUCACACCAUCAUAGAAAAAUUGCUGAACAGCGAGGGCCGCGAGCUGCGACGGGCUCUCUUCUCCCUCAAGCAGAUCUUUCAGGAGGACAAGGACCUGGUGCACGAGUUUGUACAAAACGAUGGAUUGGCGUGUCUCAUCAAGGUCGGUAACGAGGCCGACCAAAAUUACCAAAAUUACAUACUUCGCGCUCUCGGUCAGGUGAUGCUGUACGUGGACGGUAUGAACGGGGUUAUGGAACAUGGUCAAACCGUCCAAUGGUUGUACAGUCUGAUAGCGAGCCGCUUCCGGCUGGUAGUGAAGACAGCCCUGAAGCUCCUUCUGGUCUUUGUCGAAUACAUCGAGACGAAUAGUCUGCUGCUGGUGCGGGCGAUCCGCUCCGUAGACACCUCGCGCGGCAUGAUACCCUGGACGAACGUAAUGAAGCUGCUCAAAGACUACGACGCCGCUGAUACGGAACUCCUCAUCUACGCAACGACCCUCGUUAACAAGUGUCUUAACGGCAUACCGGACCAGGACACUUAUUACGAUCAGGUCGACUGCCUCGAGGAGCAGGGCAUCGAGACCAUAAUACAACGCUACAUGACGAAACAAGGCACGGAUCUCGACCUGCUCAGGCAAUUUCAAAUUUACGAAGCGGUUCUGCAUCACGAGGAUGGCAACGACCGGGAUUCGCCGAUCAGGCAGCUCGACGAUAACAUCAGGAAGACGCUGCGCAACCGGAAAUCCCUGGUGGACUCGCACGAAAGACGUAAAUCACGGCGACAUUCGACCGGCACUUCCCCCCUGUCGAUGGCUCUGAACGCGCGCUUGAGUCCCCGGACGAACCACCCGAUUGGCCUGAACGCCCUGAGCUCCGUUAUGAUGCCCAUCGGCAACGAUGACGAUGACGAGUCAAGCAGCUCCCAGAGCUCCCAGGGUCUCGGCGACGUGCAGAUGAACGGCAGCUACAUGGAGGGUAAAGGCUCGCGUAAGUUAGACGUGGGAGUGACGCCGGCCUUGAGGCGUCGCCGGGAGAGAGCCGAGAGACAGAGGAGCUUCAUCAGGGAGCAGCAGGAGGCUACCGCCAAUAUGAGAGCCUCGGUCCCCGGACACCCCGACGAGGAGAGUAAUCAAUUCAACGACAAGCGAUACACGAACGGCGGUUCGACGUACGACGCGCGCACGAAUGGCGUCGGUGUUGGCUCCGACUCGAAUAAGCUCUCGAGGGUGAGCAGCCGCAAGGAUCUUACACCCCUAAUGAACGCGGCCAACAAGCUCGACACGGAGGAGAAGAAACAGCAGCCCUGGUACGGCAAGAGUCCGGACGAGGGCGUCGAGUGCGACGAGGGUAAUCAUACGGAUGAGGACGAGGAUCGACGCGUGGUGCUGCAAUUGAAGAGGGAAGGCACCGUCAAGGAUCUCACCCAGAAGCUCACGGCUCAGAAUCUCAUUCCGAGUAGCCCUGUCGAGGAGAAAAUCUCUAGGAUAGGGGACGUAAGUGGCUUAAUUUCAAAAGCAAAAGAGGGCCUGGCCAAGUCAAAAUCAAAGGCCGACGUUGUGAAAUCACCGACCAACGACAAUUUGCCAAAACUUACGGAAGUGAAGAAAUCGGAAAAUGAGCUUCAUUGGGAAGAGCUUGUAAACAAAUUGAAGAGGCCCCUAUGUCUGUGUGAUCUGGACUUUACCGAUCUCAAUUCCGACGACGAGAUCGACGUACUUGGUCCAGUCAGUAUCUCUAAUGGCGUUCCGCCACCACCGCCACCAAUGGCUCCACCACCUGGUUCGGCAAUGAACUCGCGUGGACCGCCACCACCACCCCCGGGUUGUCGGGCCCCGCCGCCACUGCCCAACGUACCGCCGCCCCUCUUCGGUGUAAACCUCAAACAGACAACAAUGACGUCACUGAGGUCUUUGCCGACAGACACGCCAAAGAGUCCAGUACCUCCGUCGCAACAGCAACAACAGCAGCAACAGCAGCAGCAGCAGCAGCAGGCUACGAUGAGCAACAAAAAAAGCAAAAAGACGGUCAAGUUAUUCUGGAAGGAGGUGAGGGACGAUCCGAUCAUUCUGUCGCGGCUCGACAAGAACAAGAUGAUCUGGGACGAGCUUUCGCCCAUCCCGGUCGACACACAGAAGCUCGAGCAUCUGUUCGAGAGCCGUGCUAAGGAUCUCAUCACCAAGAAGCAACAAGAAAUGAAUAAGAAUAAGGAAAUCAUUGUACUCGACCACAAGCGAUCGAAUGCCAUUAAUAUUGGAAUGACGAAAUUGCCACCUCCCAGAUCCAUUAAAACAGCCAUCUUGAAAAUGGAUGCAACUAUCAUGAACAGAGAAGGCAUCGAGAAACUGUUGACAAUGUUACCAACCGAAGAGGAAAGAUCCAGGAUACAAGAGGCGCAGGCCGCCAAUCCCGAUCUACCUUUGGGAUCAGCAGAGCAGUUUCUGCUAACUUUGGCAUCAAUUUCAGAGCUUCCAGCUAGAUUGAAACUUUGGGCUUUUAAGCUUGAUUUUGAAAAUUCGGAAAAGGAAAUUGCGGACCCUUUGAUGGAUCUGAAGCAGGGAAUGGAGACGCUGCGAGUGAAUAAGACCUUCCGUGGCAUUCUGAGCACGCUUCUCUCGAUCGGGAUAUUCCUUAACGGAAAUGAGGUAAAAGGAUUUCAGUUGGAGUAUUUGGCAAAAGUACCCGAAGUAAAAGAUACUGUGCACAAACAUUCUCUUCUUCACCAUCUCUGUCACAUGGUUAUGGAGAAAUUUCCCGAUUCAACGGAUUUAUAUUCCGAGAUUGGAGCCGUUACAAGAGCUUCAAAAAUUGACUUUGAUGAGUUAUCUUCCAAUAUUGGUAAGCUCGAGAGCGAGUGCAAGGCAUCUUGGGAUCAUUUAAAACUAAUUGCUAAACACGAUGGGUCGACAAUGAUGAAAGUCAAGAUGUCAGAUUUCCUCGCAGACUGCGCCGAGCGCAUAAUCGUCCUCAGCAUCGUACAUCGGCGCAUCAUCAAUCGAUUUCACAAGUUUAUUAUUUGGCUGGGUAUACCCUUGCAUCGUGUCCAGGACACCAAGCCCAACGAGUUCUGCCGCAUCGUUUCGGAAUUUGCUCUCGAGUACAGAACUACUCGGGAACGCGUCAUCCAGCAACUUGAAAAGAAGGCGAACCACCGGGAGAGGAACAAGACGCGGGGCAAGAUGAUAACGGAGGUCGGCAAAUUUAGGACGAAAGAGGAUCGGGCGGACGCGGAGCUGAGGCAAUUACUUGGAAGCGAUAUCUCGGACGUCGAAAGUAUCCACGGUACACUGCCAUGGAGGAGGCAGCGCAAAGAUGGGCGGACGUCCUUGGGUCCGCUGCUAAGAGACGAGAGGACUAACGGCAACCUGACCGACGGAGACGACGAGCUGCUGGAAUCACUGGUGAAGACAGCGACAAAGACUCCGGCGACGCGCACAACGCCGAGGGAACGCAAGCGCACGCGACACGCCGAUCGUAAGUCUUUGCGUAGAACACUGAAGAAUGGUCUCUCGGAAGAGGAGAAGAAGCACAUCGCUGCCUACAUCAAGGGCUACUGACUGUGAUAAGAAGAAAAUGAAUAAUAGAAUGGAAAAUCCAGCCGAAGACUAUGCAACGCCAUUACCCUCGUAGGCAGGUAUUUUCAACUCCCUCUCGCACCGAAAACUAACCAUGACGUCGCCGAAAAGAAAACUCGACGUAGAUGUGCAUGCGAUACGAGAAGAAGAAAAAUUUGAGACUCCCAAUGGAAAUUUCACGCACUUUCUCCGCCUCGCGCCACCUAAAAUAUCCCGAACUUACUAUAAUUACGUAUAUUUUAAUUGAAUCGCUCAUAAUAUUUUUAUCGUCCUUUUGUUAUUAUUAUUUAUUUUUUUCUUUUGCUCUCGAUGUUACCGUAAUUUUUCGGCGUCUUCGCUUUUAUUUUCAUUGUCAUCACUUUAUUAAAAAGAAAUGAAUUUAAAGAAAAUCUACGUCAUAUCUUUCGCAGUGACGUGAAAAUGCUGCUCAGUAUGGUUUAUUACUAAAUUCUUGCAAUGAAAUAAAUGAAUACGUUAUAUUCGUCUCCUUUCUUUAUCCGUAAUUGUAGGAUAAUUGUAUACGAUAUGAAGGACAUAAGUAACUAUGGAGGUUUUUUAUAUUGUAAAGUCGCAGUAACCAAUUGGUACAUUGAAAUACAUGUGCACUAUGUUUUUUUGACAAGUUGAUCGAUGUGCAUUUUCAAUUUUCUUUUAUUAGUUUCUAGCUGAUGACAUUGUAAUCAGUAUUAAAGUGUAUGAAAAAUGAACCUUUUAAACGGAUUUUUAAAUACUUUUUAAAAUAAUUACGACAAUGGCUAAUUUAUAGCAAGUUUUAUCGUUAAAAGCUCUGUUUAUUUAAAUCUAUAUAAAUGAUUUUUGAAAAACGUAGCUGGUAAUUUCUUAGUUUUAAACGGUGCUGAACAAGUAUUUUCAGCCAAGAUAGGAAAGCGCUGCGAAAGGAGAGAAGAAAUAUAAUAGUCACUAGUU